CCAACACAUCCGGUUACAGAGAAAAUGAUAAUAAUAAUAAAAGCGAUAAAAUGAUAUAGUUUGGACAUUGACGUUUAAAAGUGAAAAGUAAAGUAAAUUUGUUGAAUCGUAUUUAUCAAUUGAUGCCAAGUAUUUUUUUAUUCAAAAAGUGAAAAAUUUAUCGUAUAAUACUGCAAUGGCAACUCAAGUGCAAAGUCAACUCAUUUUCUUAAUUCUAUGGAUCGGUUUGAUGGUUGCAAUAAAAGGUGCUGACGCGUAUGCAUGGACAAGGCCGGGAUGCCAUCGAUUAGGUCAUACAAGACGAGUGACGAUAAAUGGAUGUGUGGAAUUUGAAAUGACAACAAAUGCUUGUCGAGGUUAUUGUACAUCUUUUGCAAUUCCGUCAACAGAAGAUUCGCUUUUAUUUAAUCGUCAUCAAGUGAUAACUUCCAUCGGUGAAUGCUGCAACAUCAUGGAAACAGAAGAUGUUGUAGCUCGAGUAAUGUGUCGAGAUGGACCGCGAACGAUUGUCUUCAAGUCGGCCAAAAGCUGUGGAUGUUUCCAUUGUAAAAAAGAGUAACAAUCUUAAUCAAAACUGUCAAGAGACUUUCAUUGUUCCUCUUCUCAUUAGUCUCAUUUGACUCUUGAACUUUUUUUCCCAUUUUCGUUUAUCUUGUUCAUUCUUUUCAUUUUCAUAGCCUUUGACUAACAUUCAUCUUGCAAUUGUCUUCAAAUAAUGGUUUACACGGAAUAAAGAUAUCAGCUUUAUCCUCCCAUCAUCAUUACCAUGAUUAUUAUUUUUGAUUACUUUUCUCCCCCUUUUAGUUUCACCUUUUCUUUUUUUCUACAAAACUAUCUUUUCUUCAUUUCCACUGAUCCAUUCAAAAUAUUCACAUUUAUUUUCUCUUAUAAUCAACUUGAACUUGUAUCAUGAAAUGCUACCAACAUAACCUCUUCCAAAGUGAGCAACAGUCAAAUGCGCUGCUCGAAAUCGUCAAUAAACUUUUCCUUCUUUCAUCGAA